AUGCUGUCAAACAAAGACGCUUGUCGCAACCCACUCGUUUGCGGUAUAAUUUACCCGGUGGAAGAUUCUUCGACCGCUACUCAUAGGCCUUUCCAUUUCCAAGGUUUCCCUGAAGAUCCUGCCAAUGAGAAAUGCAUGUCUGGAACAAUUCCAACUGUUCGGACACGAAGCUUGUUACAGACGCCACUCUGGGGCGAUUUUCGAGUAUUUAGGAUCCUCAAUGUGGAAAGAUUUUAUGGUCUUUAG